ACAUCACACAACUGAGUUUCACAACAAUGCGUAUUGUGGGUCUGCGGAUCGGAAAUUUGCAAAGAAAAAGCUUCAGCUCCAGCUCCCGUUUUGUGCCGGCCCACGAACCUGCCCAGGAUGCCGAUUGCCGUAGGUUGGAACAGUUCCUGGAGGAUAAGCCCCACAUCCUCGUACUGACCGGUGCCGGCAUUUCGACGGAGUCGGGCAUCCCGGAUUACCGCUCCGAGGGCGUCGGGUUGUACGCUCGGACGAACCACAAACCGAUACAGCAUGGAGACUUUGUUAAAUCGGAAGCAACCCGUAAGCGGUACUGGGCACGUAACUAUGUCGGUUGGCCCCGGUUCUCGUCGAUACCGCCCAACGUGACCCAUCACACACUGGCGCGCUUAGAACGGGAGGGGCGCAUAAGUGGAAUCGUUACGCAGAACGUCGAUCGGCUACACGGUAAGGCCGGUUCGAAGGAGGUGGUCGAGCUGCACGGAAGCGGAUUCGAUGUGAUCUGCGUCGGUCGGGAUAACGAGCGUGGUAAAGGAUGUAACUACCGCAUCGACCGGCACGAGUUCCAGCGGAUACUCGAUCAGCUAAAUCCGGCCAUGGAGGACGGUUCAACAAUGAUGCGGCCGGACGGAGAUGUAGAGUUGCCCCAGGAGUAUGUGGAAGGGUUCGUGAUUCCGGCGUGUCCACAGUGUGGCGGCAACCUGAAGCCCGAGAUCGUGUUCUUCGGUGACAACGUACCGAUGCCCCGAAUCGAGAAAGUCGUACGGAUGAUCAUUCAGUCGGACGGUGUUCUGGUGCUCGGUUCUAGCCUUACCGUCUUUUCCGGCUACCGGAUUGUGCUGCAGGCGAAAGAGCUGGGUUUGCCGGUGGCCAUCGUUAACAUCGGAGCGACACGCGGCGAUCCGAAAGCGGAUCUGAAAAUAUCGGCCCGAUGCGGUGAAAUCAUGUCGAAUCUGUUCCGACGAAGCUAAGGCCGGGAGAUGUGUUGUUUGUUUUCUGAAAAAUAUACCUCAUUAACUGUUUAUUUUCA